UGAAUGAGUAUUGUCCAAAGUGUCAAAGAACUAAGAAGAUUGCACGCAUUGUGUUGUAGUGUAAAUGUGGUCACAAUUUGCAAUAUCAAGAAAUAUCACAAGAUGUUUCCGACUACAUAAGCUUCUUUACCUAAAUUAAUAUCUCCGGAAACGAAAGGAGUGAAAUUUAAGAACAUGUGGUGUCGUUAACAUAAAUAUUACACACUUAAAAAAAUACAAUGGCGCGCCAUAGAAACUUCAGAAAUAGGAGUUAUUCAUACGACUAUGACGACGACGAAUUUUACGGUCAUUCAGUGGAGGAAGACAGCUGUUUGUCGCCGAAUGAUUCUGCUCAGUUCUUGUAUGAUCGCUCCCGGAAUCAGCAAGCUAUAUCUCACUUUCUAGACAGUCAUGCCAACAUUGAGGAGGAAACCGAAGGCGAGGCAGAGCCCUCGCGGCCGUCGCUCGAGCGCCGCGAGUCACUUGAUAUUCGCUCUUUAAAUCUCACUGAGCUUGAUGAAGCCAAACUCAUGUCAUGCUUAGACGAGCUGCGAAAUGUGUUAGCUGAUACAGUACCGGAAAACAUUCUCAUGGAAGCUGCAUUAAAACACAAUUUUGAUUGCAGCAUAGCUCUUGAUAGUAUUUUAAAUGCUAAAAAGAAUGAGCCAGCACCCAAAAUAAAGGAUACUCCAAAACCAGUAAUUACUGUCAAUAUUCCCAAGGCUGUUGUCAUUUCCACAACAGAUGCACCAAAAGUUAUUACCACAAAUCUGGAGCCUAAAUCUUCAAGUGCUAUAAAGGGGUUUAAAGUAGAACAAGAGAAAACUACAAGCCAGCCUCAAACUCCUAGAGAUCAAUCUCCUGCAGGAGAGAGGACUCUGAAGAGUGAUGUGCCUGAUGAAAAUAAAAGCCUAGGAAAAUUUAAAGAAAACAAAAUUGAUCCUAAUGUCUUGUAUACAAAUGAAAGAGGUGCUGAUAAAGAUCAUCUGUAUAUCGUAGUAAUUGGUCAUGUUGAUGCUGGAAAAUCAACUCUCAUGGGACGCUUACUCUGUGAUCUGGGUGAAGUAAGUCAGAGAACCUUACACAAAUAUGAACAAGAGAGUAAAAAGAUAGGGAAGCAAAGUUUCAUGUAUGCUUGGGUGCUUGAUGAAACUGGUGAAGAGAGAAAUAGAGGCAUCACAAUGGAUGUCGGCCGAGCACAAUUUGAAACUAAAACUAAAAGAAUUGUGAUUCUGGAUGCUCCAGGCCAUGCUGAUUUCAUCCCUAACAUGAUUACUGGUGCGGGGCAAGCUGAUGUCGCCAUGUUAGUUGUUGAUGCAACUCGGGGUGAGUUUGAAUCUGGGUUUGACCUUGGGGGCCAAACUCGUGAGCAUGCCUUACUUGUAAGAUCCCUUGGAGUCAGUCAGCUUGCUGUUGCUGUUAAUAAACUUGACACUACUAAUUGGUCACAGGAGAGGUUCGAUGAGAUUUCAAAGAAGCUUAAAGCAUUUCUGAAACAGGCUGGAUUUAAGGAUUCCGAUGUCACCUACGUUCCAUGCUCAGGACUUACAGGUGAAAACUUGAUUCAACCAUCAACUGAACCUGAGCUGCUUAAAUGGUAUAAAGGACCUUGUCUCCUAGAUGUAAUUGACAAAUUUAAUGUCCCAGAGAGGCCUGUGUCGAAACCUCUGCGCAUGUCCAUCAAUGAUAUAUUUAAAGGGACCGGUUCAGGUUUUUGUGUAGCUGGACGGAUUGAAAAUGGUAUACUCAAUAAGGGUGAUAAGGUGAUGAUAUGUCCAACAAAAGAAGUUGCAGAAGUGAAGAGUUUGGCCAUCAAUGAUCUACCAAAUAAUGUAGCUUUUGCUGGUGACCAAGUUAGUGUUACAUUAUCUGGGAUAGAUAUCCAAAAUGUUGCAGUUGGAUAUAUAUUGAGUGAUCCGAUCCAGCAGGUUCCGAUUGCCACCCGUUUUGAGGCCAGACUUGUAGUUUUCAAUGUAAAAGCUCCAAUUACUAAGGGAUAUCCGGUGCUUUUACACCAUCAGUCUUUAGUAGAGUCUGCACAUAUUGUAAAACUGAAGGCUCUUUUGAAUAAAAGUACGGGAGAAGUGAUAAAGAGGAAGCCGCGUUGUUUGGGGAAUAACUCAGUAGCAAUAGUUGACAUAGAAGUCAGCAAACCCAUUAGCAUAGAGCGCUAUAAAGACGUGAAGGAGCUAGGCCGAGUGAUGCUGCGCGUCGCGGGCGUCACUGUGGCUGCGGGCCUUGUUACUGAUGUAUUUAAUAUAUAAAAGUUAUGGACCGUCAAAUGGGGUGACUUUAAGUAAGAAUGGGCCUACAAGCG